UCAGAUUCAUUUAAGGAGGCGGAGGUUACAGCGCACACAAGUUUACCAGUGGAGCAGAGGAGUUGAAGUUAUCCUUCAGCACCAAAACUAAACUAAAAACAAACCUGUUCUUUUAAAGAGGAGACUUCGGCGAGGCUGCAGGAACCCAAAACAGGAGCGAUCCCAGUGAGAGGUGGUGUGUGUUACCUUGCAGCGGUUCAGAAAAAUGAGUCUGAGCACCAGUGAGCUGGAGGACCUGUGGGAGACGUUGGGGGAGCUCAACCUCUCUGAAGCCUUCAGCAACAUAUCCAGUGUGGAUACAAUGGUGUGCGCCACAGCUUUCAACCGCAACGCUCUGCUGUACUCCAUGUGUGUCCUCUACACUUUCAUCUUCAUAGUCGGCCUUGCUGCUAACGCUCUGGUCCUCUGGGUAAACAUCCGAGCACAGAGAGACUCCACCCCUCGCCACGAGACGCACAUGUACAUCGCCCACCUGGCGGUCGCCGACCUGUGUGUGUGCUCCACCCUGCCUGUGUGGGUGAGCUCGCUGGCCCAGCAUGGCCACUGGCCCUUCGGCGAGGUGGCGUGUAAACUCACACACCUGCUGUUCUCCGUCAACCUCUUCGGCAGCAUCUUCUUCUUGGCCUGCAUGAGCGUGGAUCGCUACCUGAGCGUGGCGAAGCACAGAGACAACGAGGGAGGUGCACGCAGGAAGCUGAUCCGCCGUGGAGUGUGUGUAGGGGUGUGGCUCCUGGCUCUAGUCGCCUCCCUGCCAGACACCUACUUCCUGCGUACUGUGAAGUCGACACACGGGGACGCCAUGCUGUGCAGGCCUGUGUACCCAGAGGGAAACCCCAGGGAGUGGAUGGUGGGCGUGCAGCUGAGUUUCAUCCUGCUGGGCUUUGUUCUCCCCUUCCCCGUCAUUGCUGUGUUUUACGCCCUGCUAGCUACAGCUUUCAACCGCUCCUCUUCUUCUUCAUCCUCAUCCACAGUGGAGCAGGAGCGCCGUUUGAGCCGCAGGGUGAUCCUGGCAUACAUUGUGGUGUUUCUGGGCUGCUGGGGCCCCUACCACGGCGUCCUCCUGGUCGAUGCCCUGUCUCAGCUGGGCCUGGUGCCUCUGACCUGCGGCCUGGAGAAUGUGAUCUACGUGGCCUUACACCUCACCCAGUGCCUGUCCUUGCUCCACUGCUGUUUCAACCCCAUCCUGUACAACUUCAUCAACAGAAACUACCGCUAUGACCUCAUGAAGGCCUUCAUCUUUAAAUACUCCACAAGUACAGGCUUGGCACGCCUCAUGGAUGCUUCCAACAUGUCUGAGGCCGAGUACUCUGCUGUAGCUGUAGACAACCCACCACAGAUCUGAAACUUUCUUGAACACUGUUUCUAAAUCUAAAUGACUAUAAUGCAAUAUAAAUGUAUUAACUGAUUUAUUCUUAUCAGAAUCUGUCCACACACAGCAUCCUCUGUCCAGAAAUCUACUUGAGUCAUGUAGAAAAGCUUGAAGGCAGGCUAAUAUCAGAUUGAUGGACUGAUUUAAAAAGCACUUAGACAGCAGCUUUAUUCAUACAGCUGAUACUGCAAUCACAAUACUGUCACCCAUAUGUAAAGCCAAAACAAUGUCUGUUAAUGUGUAAAAUCAUUCUUGUAUUGUGUAUGUAGGAUUGUGCUGUGUAUGUGUGUGUUUGUGAGUGUGAGUGGUGUGUUAUUUCUGACAGGCAUUGAAUAUUGAUAGUAUCAGCAAAGAAAUAUUGUUAAUCUUUUUUUUCUAUCAAGUUGUAUUUAUAUACUGUACAUUUUAACUGUUUUGCCUCUUUCAUAUUGUAAAUCAAAGUCUUCACACACUGAUGUCAGCUCAGUGCUCCACUUCAUACAAGGCUGCUUCAUCAUUUUAGUCGAGUUACUGACUGGCUCAGUGUUUUAGUCCUGCUGUCUCAUUGUUAAUCAUAACCUCAUGUUACAGACGCUGAAUCCUUCAGACAAAUAAAAAAAUACAAUUUUGAUCAAUCAAUCAAUCAAUCAAUCAAUCAAUCAAUCAAUCAGACUUUAUUUGUAUAGCACUUUUCAUACAAGAGAGAGGCAACACAAAGUGCUUUACAUAAAAAAGGAGAAAGUAAUAAUAAUAGUAAUAAUAAAAAUAACAAAACAUAGAAACAAGCAAACACCCUCCACCCUUGAUUUACAACUAAGGUUUGUAAAUCCUGGAUACCGCUCUCUCACUAAAAAUGAGGCUACAGCUAGCUGCUGAUAAGCUGAGCUUAGUAUAAGAACUGGAAACGGGGGGAAACAGCUUGCCUGGCUCUGUCCAAAAUCAAAAAGAAAAUCUGCUUACCAGCACCUCCAAAGCUUGCUAAUUAACAGAUUAUAUUUGUUUGUUUAAUCUGUACAAAAAAAAAACUUUUUUGGGGGAGGAUUAUGUUCUGGACUGGUCUUGGCUGGACAGAAGACUUUCUGUCAUCUUCUGGUCUUUGCACCAAGCUAAGCUCACGUAAUCAUUAUGCUGGCUUUAGCUUCAACAUUAGUGUGAGGUGUUUCAACUGAUUUAUAUCAUCCACACAGCAAAAUUUAACUAUUUUAGUUUUCUUUUGGUUCUGGAUUUUUUUCAAACAUUGUCUGAAGGCUUCAAGUGGGACUACUGAGCUUAAAGAGCAGAUAGAUGUAGCUCCUGUGUCUUCUGAAACAUACCGUAUUACCUAAUAUACUGUACAGUCACUAUAUUUUGCAUCAGUGCUAAUAGUGGAAAGGAUGCACAUGUCCAUGUGGUAUAAAGCCACAGAUGGCAAAAACUUUUAUCACCAAAUAACAUGAAUUAAUAGCUUCGUAAGCUAAUGUAAGCAGCAGCUGUGGUGUAUAAAAUCCAAGUGUUUAUUAGGGAGCAGGAUAACAAAAAAUACAUCAUUGCAUUAAUUUAGAGUUGUGUGUGUAUAUACAGUAUGUGCGUGUAUGUGUGUGUGCCACAACUUGAUAUCAUGACAUGAUAUUUUAUGUGUCAUAAACAUUGAGUUAUACAGCUUACUCACUGUCUGUUGUAGGAAGCAACAUAUUGUUUUGAUAUGCUGACAUAGAACACAUUGUGUCAUGUGAUUGGUUACACAUGUAUGCUUUUACACUGAAAAGAUUCCAUGUUGCGAUCAGAAAAGACUGGAGACACGAACAUGUGUCGACAGGAACAGAGGCAUUCCUUUGGUAUAGUAAUGUGGAACAUGUGUUUUGUUAUAUAUUAAAUACAAGGAAAAUG